AUGAAAUUCUUAGCAGUCUUAUGUAUUUUUAUCUUAACAGUUGCUUUUGCUUAUGCAAAUCAUUAUGGUUGUUAUACUAAUAAUCCAUGUGGUGCCGGUAGAAUUUGCUAUACCAUGAAGGGUUCUUGUAAUUGUAUUGAAAUUUCAAAAUGCUUUGAUGUAACAUUAGAAUCUAGUAAAAAAUCAGAAUGGGACUUAAACGGAACUCAUUUUGCUCAAUAUGAUUUCCAAAUUAAAAAUAAUAAUUUAGUUACUGAUAUCUCAAAUCUCUUCAUUGGUGUUAAUCCAAACAUUGGUGCAAAGGAUUAUGUCCAAAUUUGGAAUAUCAGAAGAAUGGAAAAUGGUGAACUUACUCUCCCAACUUACAUUCCAGCAAUUGAAAGAAACACUACCUUUGGUUUUGGUGCAAUUAUUGCAGGUCACAAUGAACCAAACUUAGCAAUCUAUGCAGUUACUUAUUAA